UCGGAGAGAGGAAUGUAAGAAAAAUCUGCUUAUAAUUUGCUGGUCUCAAGGCUCCCAAACUUGAACGUUACACGUAGUGAGAGCUAUGGCGGUGUCAUCUCCUAACCUCCCCACAAUUGUAUCUCCUCUACAAUCCCAUAAACCUCUCAAUCUCAGUUCCUGCUUAAUACUUUCUCCAUCCUUCAAUAUCUCCUCCGAUGUUACAUCCAAAAAUCGAUGCUCUUUGGUUAUCAUCUGCUCUAAUGGUCGUAAGGAAGCAAUGUUGAGUCAGAAAAAGCGAGAACUCUAUGAGCGUUAUGGUCUUGACCCUAAUGACUUUGUUUCCGAACCUUCUGAAAAGAGGAAGAGGAGAAAGGAACAUAAGCAAAGGAUUGGAAGCGAAAAGCAAGUGGUUGAGGAGAAAAAGUCGGCUCGUACCACACAUAAGUUGCUUCAGGUACUAGCCGGAAAAGCUAAAAGGAAGAAGCUAUUGUCUCCGGUAGGCAUGGAUGUACGUCCCAUGAUGGAGGUGGUUAAAGGUGCAGCAUUUGAUAUAUUGCAGGUAGCUGGUGGCUGUCCUGCAUCUUUAAGACCUGGACGCUGGUUGGACCUGUACAGUGGUACUGGAUCAGUUGGCAUUGAAGCUUUAAGUCGGGGUUGUUCAGAGGUGCAUUUUGUGGAGAUGGAUCCAUGGGUGGUUUCAAAUGUUUUACAGCCAAAUUUACAAUGGACUGGGUUUCUUGAUACGUCAGCCAUUCAUAUUGUUACUGUUGAAAAUUUCUUGAAACGUGCGCAGCAGUUUGUAGGUGGUGAUGCCACUUUUGAUUAUAUUAGUGUCACGCCUCCGUACAUGAAGGUAGAUUAUGGAUUACUUAUGCAACAAUUGUCAGAUUCAUCCUUGAUUGGAGAAGACACUUUUAUUGUGGUUGAAUAUCCCUUGGGAACGAAUAUGUUGGAUUCUUAUGGAGGCCUUCUGAAGGUAGCCGAUCGUCGUUUUGGUAGAACACAUUUGGCAAUUUAUGGCCCAAGGUGGGCAACAAAGAAGCGGGAUUGAAACCCAGUGUAACAAAGAAUUGAUUGAAAAGUGUGUGUGUGUGUGUGUGGAGGGGGGGGGGGGGGGUACUGGACUGUAGUAAAUCAUAUGUUCAUUUUUGAACUGUGCAUUGGCUAGUGUUGAAUUGCCCAGCUUGAAGUUAAGAAAAGCUUUCUCAUUAUGACCAUUGUUUUGGUAUGUUUUAUAUGUAAUGCUAUUGUAUUUUCAUGCUAUAUCGUUAACCCAUUUCUAAUUAAUAAUCUUGACCUCUCCGCAGCUUUUGUUGAAUUUCAAACUUGGAGGGUCACAUUUCCUGUUACUACUUAGUUUGUAUUUUGUAGGCAGCAGCUGUUUGAAAUUGACUCAUUCUAAAGUGUAAGAAUUUUAACUGUCGUUGUACUCUUGUCUUUUAUUUUGCUUUUGCUUUUAUGGGAUCUUUUUUUUCUUUUGGCGGGUUUUUUUCUUUUCUUUUUCUUUUUUUAUGGGAGGGAAAUUGUAGAUGAAUUGUGUUUGAUUAUAUAUCUUGUACUUCUAUGAAAUGGAUAAAUAUGAGCCAAUUUUCUGAUUUUUAUCUCA